AUGUCCGAGACUCUCUCCACGACGCCCAAGCAAUGGGCUGAAGAGCAGGUGGAGAAGCCUAGUCUCAGUGAGAAGGACAUGGUGUAUGAACAUGCUACAUCCAAGCACCAUGACCCGAACUGGACCGGCGAAGGGGUGGACACCUCGAAUGUGGACUCCAAGAAGGUCCUGCGCAAAAUGGAUUUGCGCUUGAUACCCAUGCUGGCGAUCCUAUACCUACUCUCUUUCCUCGACCGAGGCAACAUUGGCAACGCGAAGAUCCAAGGCAUGGAAGAGGACCUGGAUCUUUCCGGCACGGAAUAUAGCCUUUGCGCGACCGUCUUUUUCUUCACCUACUGCGCUUUUGAGAUCCCGUCCAACUUGCUUUUGAAGCGCUUCAGGCCUUCGGUGUGGUUACCUUCUAUCAUGGUAGCAUGGGGCACGGUCAUGACCUUGAUGGGUCUCGUUCAAAGCUACCACGGUCUUCUCAUUGCUCGUAUCUUCCUUGGUGUCACCGAGGCAGGACUCUACCCGGGUGUUGCAUACUAUUUGACAAUGUGGUACUGCACCGAAGAACUAGCAUUCCGCCAGAGUCUCUUCUUCAGCGCCGCCAGCGUGGCCGGUGCCUUUUCAGGCUUACUUGCGUACGCCAUCGCCAAAAUGGACGGAGUCGCGGGCGAAGCAGGCUGGCGAUGGAUCUUCAUCCUCGAAGGCAUCGUGACCGUUGUCGUUGCCUGUGCGGCUUUCUUUCUCCUGCAUGACUUCCCAGACACCGCAACCUUCUUGAGCCCGGAGGAGAAGGCCUGGGUUGUGCACCGACUCAAAUACCAAGGGAGCAAGAAAAGUGGAAGAAUGGUUGCUGAAAGUGAUCAUUUUGAGUGGAAAUAUGUUGUCAGAGCACUCACCGAUUGGCAACUAUACCUGUCACUUUUUAUGUACUGGGGAAUAGUAUGUCCCUUGUAUGGAAUCUCUUUCUUCCUUCCUACGAUCAUCAAGGAACUCGGGUAUAAGUCAACAACUGCACAGCUCCUGACCAUUCCAAUCUAUAUAUCGGCCGCAAUCCUGGCUGUCAUUGUUGGAUGGUCAUCCGACAGAGCCACCAAGCGAGGUUCCUCACGCUGGCCCUAUAUUUUCUUCCCCAUGUGCGCCAUUUUGGUCGGCUUUAUCAUCGCCAUCGCUGGCUCGGCUGCCGGAGAUAUCCCCGGCGUGGUGUAUGCCGGUGUAUUCAUUGCCACGUGUGGAAUCUACCCUGCUUUCCCAGGCAACGUCACCUGGAUCGCCAACAACUUGGCGGGCAGCUACAAGCGAAGUGCUGGUAUGGCCCUUCAGAUUGGUCUCGGCAACCUUGGAGGAGCCAUGGCGAGCAAUUUUUAUCGCAGCGUCGACGCGCCCAAGUAUUUGCUCGGCCACGGCCUGGAGAUUAUGUUUGUCGUCUUCGGCCUGGCGGCUGUCAUCAUUUUGAGGAUCUCGUAUGGGGUCAUCAACAAGAAGAGAGAGCGCAGUGGAGCUGCGGAGGGAUACACGGACGAACAGCUUGCAGACCUGGGCGACAAGAGCCCGUCGUUCAGGUAUACACUGUAG